AUGAUGAAGAACAUGCUCGAUCUUUGCAUCGGUGUGCUGGCUUUCUUCCUCUUUGGGUAUUACAUUGCCUACCACGACACACAUAACAUAACUAGUUUGGGGGAUGCCGGCAGCGACCUAGCACACUUCUUUUGCACGUUUUCGUAUGCCACCACAGCUGCGACCAUUAACAGUGGUGCCCUCGCGGGGCGGGUGGCUUUCUUCCCUUACCUCGUGUUAUCGACAGUCAUGACAGGCCUUCUCUAUCCGAUCUGCGCCUACCUGGCUUGGGGAAAUGGCUGGUUGCAAGAGCUCGGUUUCGUGGACUUCGCGGGCUCAGUCGUGGUUCACCAGGUGGGUGCCAUCUCUGCGCUCGUCUCCACUUGCUUCCUGGGUCCACGCAUCGGGCGCUUCCCAAGCUAUCGCGCAUGGAAGAGGCCUUGGAGUUUCCUCUUCAUCGAGAAUCAUGGGGAUGCCUACUACCGGGAGCCACAAGACCCCGUCGAGAGGAAGGUGUUCAUUCCCUUCAGGAAGUGCAGACACCCGGUUCAGCUUCUUUUCGGUACGUUCCUGCUUCUGGUUGGGUUUCUGGCUUUCAACCCAGCCUCCACGUUCAAAACGACGUUGGG